AACGUGCCGUCAAACCGUCGAGUCGCGUCGGGCAGCGAACACAUCACAGUCUGUUUUUGGAGAGAGAAGUUUCGUGUUGAAACAAGCAAGUCCAGUUGCUCUCUUUUACCGCCAACAGUUUAAGGCCAUGUCUUUUUGUACAUUUGACGGAGGAGAGAUCUUUAAAGAUCACUUCCAAGCAGGUAUCUAUGUUUGUGUAAAGUGUGGCUAUGAGCUGUUCUCCAGCACAAAGAAGUAUGAGCACUCCUCUCUCUGGCCUGCCUUCACUGAAACUGUCCACAAGGAUAGCGUCUCCAAAGAGGAGGAGAAAGGUAGACCUGGUGCACUGAAGAUUUGCUGUGGGAAGUGUAAUAAUGGCCUUGGUCAUGAGUUUCUGAAUGAUGGACCCAAGCCUGGACUCUCACGAUUCUGAAUAUUCAGCAGCUCACUCAAGUUUAUCCCUGAAGAGAGUGGUGGACAGUAGAAUGAGCUGAUGGAUGGAGAAGUGAAGAUACCAUCAUAAAAAUGUACAGAGGAGUUCUGUUCUGUGGAAAGUGCGGACAUUUCAUGACGUGUUGUGCUACAAAGCCCACAGGGGAAGUCAGAACACUGAUGUUUAUGGCCACGCUGGUACAAAAAGGACAAGUCUGCUCCCAGUCAAUAUCUGUUCAAGUCUAUCCUUAAUCAAUAUCAAUGCACACCAAAGAUAAAUUGCAAUGUAUUUGCUGUAUGACAUUUUCUUAACUGCUUGGCUGUUUUAUCAGAUGACUAUAAGACUAUAAAUAGAUUGUUGCCUUAAACCUGAUUAAAAAAAAAAAAAAGCACUAAGCAGAAAAUAAUGGAGAAUGUGUUAUACUCUGGUGCUUGCUGAGAAAAGAGUUGAUUGUUUUGCACAAUCAUUUAACAGUGAUCAUAAGAUGUAAAUUUGUUCACAAAUUUGAAGGACUAAGAAUAAAGAUUUUAGCAUAUAAAGAAA